AUGACUCUACCCUGGUAUUACAUUGGAGGAUUGGCUGCUAUCGGCUACCUCGUUGUCAGGAGCAUCUAUCGUCUUUACUUCCACCCUCUCAGCAAGUUUCCCGGACCAAAGCUAGCCGCCCUGACCCACCUAUAUGAAAUGUACUAUGAUAUAGUCAAAGGCGGGAAGUAUCUCUGGGAGAUGCAAAGAAUGCACGAUCAAUAUGGCCCUAUUGUGAGAAUCAACCCGCGAGAGCUUCAUAUCAAAGAUCCCUACUAUUUUGAUCCCAUUUAUACCGGAAAAGGGCAAGCGAAGGAUCCGUACAUGGUCAGACCAUUUGCCACUCCCCAGUCUACCGCCGCCACAGUCGAGCAUGACCGCCAUCGCUACCGUCGAGAAUUGGUGAACCCCUUCUUCUCAAAGAGGUCCGUCACGGCCAUGGACCAUAUCGUCCAGGAUAAAGUAGAUAGGGUAUGCGAUCGACUCGCACAGGCAAACGAAAAGGGAACCGUGGUCUCUUUGGACGACUUAUUCGCUGCGUUAACGGCAGAUGUUAUCUCUCACUAUGCAUAUGGCGAGAGUCUGGGCUUUCUUGAUACAAAAGAUAUGAAGAAUGAGUUUCGAGAUGCCGUUGCUUCUGCAGGAUUUCUAUGUCACUUCACACGUUUCUUCUUCUUCGUGUCGAUGAUUGCGGAUGCGGUGCCUGGACUGGUUGAAUGGAUGCAACCGAGCUCAAAGGGAUUGUUUGAGGCCAAACGCAUGAUUGAACAAAUGGCAAAAUCUGCUAUCGAGAAAGACCACGUCAAGGAUGCACAUUCGAGUAAAACAAUCUUUGACGCCCUUUGUGCCGACUCGGUGCGACCUGAGGAGAGAACGGUUCCAAGAGUCCGGGAUGAGGCGAUGGUUGUUUUUGGUGCAGGUACGGAGACUACAGCAAGAGUGUUAACAAUGGGGUCCUACUUCCUCUUCCGAGAUGCACCACGUUUAGAGAAAUUACGAGCGGAGGUAAAGACACUCAUGCCAGACUCGACCAGCCACGUACCUCUGGUCCAGCUGGAGCAGUUGCCGUAUCUAACCGCAGUUAUUAACGAGUCUCUUCGGAUGGCGCAUAGUGUAACGCUGCGAUUGCCGCGGGUUUCGCCAACAGCAUUGGCAUAUAAGGACUACAUCAUUCCUCCAGGGACACCAGUCAGCCAGUCAAUUUAUUUUAUGCAUAUGGACCCGACCAUUUUUCCUAAUCCAGAGACCUUCAAUCCGGAACGAUGGCUUGAAGCCUCGAGCAAGGGUGAACGGCUGACUAAAUUCUUGGUUCCUUUCACAAAAGGGUCUAGGAUGUGCCUAGGGUUGAACCUGGCGUACUCCGAGCUAUACCAGAUGUUUGCUUCCCUAGUUCGUCGCUUCGACCUAGAGAUCCACAACACACCACCAGAGAGCGUUCGUAUAACGCGAGACUUCAUAAUUGGAUUGCCCGAGGCAGACUCUCUCAAGGUGCAUAGUUUUGUCACUCAAACUCUGUGA